UCCGGUACUCGUAUCUGCAGCGAUAUACGAUAUAAUAUUUUAUACCGGCAUAUCAUUGUAAUACCGUAUAAUCAUAUCACUACCGUAAUAUUAUUAUACACACAUAGCCGUGCGCUGCAGUAGUAAACCGAAAACCGAAAACCGAAAACCGAAAACCGAAAACCGAAAACCCUCAGGGUGUAUAUCUGAUAAUAAUUAUAAUUAUAUCACUCGUAAUUAUUACUGUCACUCACCGAAAUCCGUCCGUUCCGUUUCCGAUCGUAACCGAUUUAGCAGACCAACACUUUGACUGCGCUUGUGCCUGCACCUGCACCAAACACGUCAUGCCGAACAACGACGUCCAAACCACCGAACAGAUGGAGCAACAGCGCGAUUGCAUUUCGUAUGCGUUCCGCAGCAUGGUGAUGUAUGAAGACGGCGGCGGCGGUGGCGGCGGCGGCGGCGGCAGCAACAAUAACAGCAACAGUGGAAAUGGCGGCGGUGACUCGAGCUCAAGUGGAAACGGUGGUAGUGACAUUGACGACGAUUGCGAGAGUUGGUCAGAGGACGGCAUCAGCAGCACAGGCGCCAAUGGUUCUUCGUCCUCUGGCAGCGCCGACGAGGGCUGCUACAGUGGUGACGGCGAGAAAUCGUCGACGACCCGCAGUGGUGGCAGCAACAGUGGCGGCAGCAGCAGUGGCGGCAGCAGCAGCGACGGCAGUGGAAGCGACGGUGGUGGUGGCGGCAACAAACGUAAGUGGUACAUAUCGUUACGCACCGUACUCGACCGGGUGGUCGGGAGCGAGCGCAAGGGCCGCAACAAGAAGAGGGUCGUCAAGACCAUUCUCCGGCCGCCGACCACUUACAAGUACGUCAUCGGCAUGUCCGGGCUCCCGACCAAGGUCGCCGUCUAUCCUAAAACCACCAUGAUGUGAACCCGAUUUGCCGCCACCGUUCUAUCGCCGUACCCACUGCACAUUUGGAACCUUAUCGACAACCACUGCACACAUGACCAUGACGACCAACUCCGGUCGUCGCGUUUUCCGACCGCCUCCACAGCCACCGCCUCUGCGACCAUCGCCUCCACGAUCGAGUCCGUCACGACCGUGGUCACCGGACGUCGAGUGCCGUUCUUUCCCUGGUAUCAUUUGAAAAUUUCGUGACGUCAUCCACGUCGUUGGUCGCAAAAGCGGUCUGCUCCUACUGCAACACGCCACUGCAACAACUACAGCCACACACGCAGGAAUUAUUACAUAAAUAUUGGGCGCAUUCGUAUCCGUUCCGCCGUUACAUCCUGUUUUGAAACACAAAAGGUAUAUAAUAAUAUUAUCGACUUAAAUCGAUUCCGCCGAGUCUUAUGUAAACCAGUCGAAACCGGCCAAUGUCCGGAUAGGAGCUAAUAAUUAGUUGACAAUUAUUAUUAAUUAUGUUUUACUAUUAUACAUUUUCUUGUUUUCCAAUAAUAUUAAUUUAUAAUGUGACGAAUGCCAAUGUGCUUGAUUUUAAAAUGUUUAAUUGAAAAAAGGUACCUCACGGUUUAAUAUUAAACAUGAUAUAACAUACCGACUAUACAAACACUUAUGCCCGUACGCAUAGUCAUAUGCAUACGGACAUUAGAGUUUUAAAUAUUUAUAUUGUAUCUCAUAACAUUUUUGAGGCUCGGCAGACUCGAUACAAAAUCGGCGGAAUCCAUGCAUGCCCCGAUAUAUUAGAAUUAGGUAUAUAAUAUAGGUUUAUGUUCUAUCUAUAGGUCGUACACUAGUACGAUAUAUUUAUUUAACUUAUAUUAUUUAUUUUAAUAUCAUCUAACCGAACCUAUAACAAUCAACAAAACGUCCCCGCAUGUUUUUAGACCAAAAGUGUUUUUUGAUUCGUAGAGAUUUUCUGGCCUACGCGUAUAUUCAAAUGGGCAGCUAUUACAGCUGUGGAUUAAAACAAAUAUUUCAAAACGGUCUACGAAUUUAAAUCACUUUUACCAUUUAUAUUAUGGUUACAUUACGAAAGGAUACAUUUUAAAUAUUAUUUUGAAAAACUAUUUUGUUAAUUUUGUCGUAAAAAGGUUUAACUAAAGAUGAUAUUUUACUUGUGAUAAUUAUAGUAAUUUUAGAAUAGUGUACGCUAUAGGUACUUAAAUAUUUUUUGACCCUCGUAGUCGUAUCUUAUUUUAAAUGUAGUGUAUUAUACGAUAUUAUAAUAUUAUUAUGUAUUAGGCUUAGACGAUUUUCUUGGUAAGAUUA